AUGCUGAAACAGAACCAUGGUGUUGCCAAGAUCCUCAGGGCGUUCAGUAGUACGCUUGCGAUGGAUCAUGCAGCAGCAGAAGCGAUGAAGAUAGGCAUUUCGCAUGUGAUGGAUAAUGCUGCCGGUGUCAUUCCCUCGACAAGUGAGACCACUGCCGUAGGUGCAACAUCCACUAUACGAGAUACGCUGUCGAGGCUGGAAGAUCUUCAUGCAGUCUCCCGUAUCUCAUACAGAAGUCGCAGAAAAGAAAGCAUUCCUACCAAUAAGCUGCGUGCAGAUUUAAGGAAGAGGCAACAUGUAAGAUGUUUGAUUGACAUAAUGAUUCAAGACCACUUGAAUAAGCAUUUUAUCUCUAAGCUUUUUCAUGAUAACGAGAUCAGUAAAUCGGAGUUCUCGAUGCUCGUCAAUAGACUACUGAAGGAGAGAAAUCUGGAGGCAAAACUGUCGAAUAUUGUUCCCGAUACAGUCCAUACUGAGAUUUUAUUCAGACUGUUCGAGAUUUACUGUGAGUUUGCGCUACAAAACCCUGCUGGUAAACUCACGGUAUCGGAGCUGCAUGAUGUAAAUCUGUUCAUCAAGACUUUCAUAGACGAAGCACAGCUUGGAAAAGCACAACGGUGCUUGCAGUUCGUUCUUGAUCGGCAAGGUUUAGAAUCCACUUUACACUCGGGCGACGUUUGGACAAUCAUUCACUUCCUGCAACUGAGAUGCGGGGCAGUUGUGAAGUUUUGGGACACUGUUCAGGGCGACAAGAGGAUGCUUGGGCAAAACAGUACUACCUUUAAGCAACCAAAGACAUUCAAGUCAUGGAAUAAUCAAGCAUUUUCAAAGGUGAUUAGCGUGAUAUUGAAGGACAAAGCCUGGCUAAGCAGAAACUCGACGGAGCUGAGUUCAGCGAUCAUCUAUUCGCUGGCUAACAUGGGCCAAGCAAAGCUGAUUGAGCAGUUUAUUGAGCUCAAAUGGGGCGUACCGCAGAGCGGAUCUGUCAAGCUGCACAACGCCGUAGCACCCGAGGCCGGAACGCUGAUAGCGAUUGUCUCAUCUUUCUGUUUAAAGGCAAGCGACAUGUCCAAAGGACUUGCAUAUCUCGACCAACUUCUCAAGCAAUACCCCGAAAUUAAGUUGGAGAAAUUGUUUUGGAGAAGGCUACUACAGCUGAGCUUUCAGUCUUGGGAUAAACACAAGGAUAAAAAAGGUCAGGUUUGCCACGCCAGUUGGGAAAUUAUGAAGCAAUGGCACGACGAAAAGAGCAUGAACAUGUCUUACGAUCAUGGGACCUUGGAACUUCUGUACCAGCUCUUCCAAACGACCAAUAAUGGAAGAGAGGCCAUGGAAGUGAUCAGUAGAUGCUUCGGAUCUCUAUACGCGAGACAGGGCUACCAAAGGUCAGCCAGUGAGAUGGGACUGCUACAAAAAUAUCAAAAACUGGCGCUUAAAACAAUGGCAUUGAAAGGAAACUAUCACAAGCCUCUCCAGUUCAUAAAGGAAUGGCAUGUUGAUCGAGCAAACCAGCAGCUGCUGAUUCAAUACUUCACGCGACAGCGUCAGAGAUACAUCUUACGACAAAAAAGGAUUGGCGCGAAACGAGAUGAGCUGCAGACCCAAUACGAUGCAAUGGAAGAGGAAGAUAUGCUACUGGGUAGACUUUGGUGA